GUUGGCUAGUUAGAGGUCAGGAUAAUGUUAGUAACCUUUAUCGUUGGUCAUGGUCACAGUGAUCCUGACAUAAGGCAGGAAUACACCCUGGAUAGGACACCAGUCUAUCACAGGGCAUCUCAUUUGCAUUCAUUUGGGCAAUUUAGCAUAGCCAAUCUGCUUAUCAGCACGUUUUUCAUAGGUGGGAGAAAACCAGAGAACCCAGAGGAACAUGAAAGUCCACUCUGCUCAGCAUCAACAGCUGUGAGUUAUUUGCUUAGGCAAUCAACGCAUUUUUACACAAAUUAGUGUCAAUUGAAACAAGGGUGGCAUUUUAUUCAGCUCACACCUGAAGCUAACCUGGGGGCGUUUUGUUGUUUGUUUGUUUUUAAAUAACGAGGCAUUAAAAUGAGAGGCAGCAGGAUCCUGACGGCUUUUCGCCGCCACUCCAGGCCUGUAGGUGUCGCUGUGUUAGUCACUGAACGAACCCGAGCGUGAAAAGUAACGCAGUGGAUGGCGCGAGAGUUCAGGGAUAACGUCUGAACCGAUAGGGAUACAAAAACAACACCGACAACAUGAUUAAACCCGUUCAUUUAAGAGACAGUUUAAAGGGCGUUCAGCACACACGUCUGUAAUAUAAAGUAUUUAUCUGUAAGUGUUAUGAGGCAUUCCUAGAGCGAGGAAAAGGUUUUCUGGUGUUUAUGUUGUUAAUGUAAGCGCGUGGACGGGAAGCUGCAGGGAAGUGGCACGAGCUGAACCUGGAGAACACAUGUGUUUAUGUCGCUGUGAAAUCAGUGUUAAAUACAGAAUCCUGAACACGGACCUGGCGUUGCAUCCUGAACAAGUCGUCUCUACACCGUAAAAAGAUUUUAUUGUUAAACUACAGUUAAAUCCUAGGUGCACGGCUCGAGCUAUGGAUCACUCUAAAGCGAGUGACAGGUCGCUUCCGGAAUGGAUGCGGAAAAAGCACGAGCCUCAGUCACAGGAUAUCUACAUAAAGAAUGUCAUUGAGGAUGAUCUUCCUUAUCUGGAAUUUGGUGGUGAAGUGAUCUACAGCCAGGAGAAAAAUGAUUGCUCUUUUUUAGCAGAGGAUUUAAGAUCCUCUCUCGUACCCGGCUCGGCGGUGGGCUUUGAUUUAGAAUGGCCUCCGUCUUUCACCAAGGGGAAGACUAAGAAGGUCGCUCUGGUUCAGCUUUGCGCCUCCGAGGAGAAAUGCUACCUUUUUCACAUCUCGUCAAUGUCAGGAUUCCCUCCUGGCCUAAAAAUAUUUCUGGAGGAUGAGCGCAUCAGAAAGGUUGGGGUGGGUGUCGAAGGAGAUAAGUGGAAGCUACUGUCUGAUUAUGAAAUUCAAGUGAAGAAUUUUGUAGAGCUUUCUGAAUUGGCAAACGAGAAACUGAAAUGUGUUGAGAAAUGGAGCUUGGAUGGGCUGGUCAAGCACUUGUUCAAAAAGCGUCUCUUUAAAGACAAGGACGUCCGCUGUAGCCACUGGGAUGACUUUGGCCUCACAGAGGAGCAGAAACGAUAUGCUGCAACAGAUGCCUAUGCUGGAUUCCUAGCACACCAGAAACUAGAAAGUAUGGUGGUGAACCCAGGUUCAGUGAAAGCUCAAGAUUGUUUGAAACAGAAGCUUUGUCAGAUUAGCAAAGAACUUGAAGACAUUACUAGCUGUUUUCCUGAAGGCCUCAGCUGUACAAGCAGAACUGAAAAGCUAGUGGACGACCUAUCUCAGCAUGUUUCAUCUCUUAAAGAUCACCUGAUAAGCAGCCGAAACACAGCAGAAGAACGUUUCUCUAAAGCCAGCAUGAAUCACAGCACUAACUCCCAGAGUGCUGUGAUCAACACCAUUGAGCCUGAAGCCAAUCGUGAUUAUGUAAAGCAUUCAGUGUCAUUGGAAGAGGAUAAAAAUGGCCCUGGCCAGACAGUACAGAGGGAAUACCUCAUGUCCUUGGAUAUCUCAGAGUAUGAGCUUCAGAUGCUGGAGAUGCAGGCCAGACAGGAAGAGAACGAGGAGCAAUCCAUUUUAGCUUUCGAGGAGAGAUCGGCUCAGGAAGACUCUGCUGAGUUGUCGCAUGAACUUGAAAGCGAUGAGGAGUUUGACAAUGAAAUGAUUCAGUGUGCUGAAAAAAUGGAGAAACUGAAUGACAGUAUUGAAAAGCAGCCUAAUGAAGCUGAGGUAAUUGCUGAUGAUGAAGAUGAGGUUGUUGAAGAGGACGAAGAGGAAGGAUUUGAUGCAAAUCUUCCUCAACCAACUCCUGAACAGAUCAAAUGCCUGAAAAUGUAUUUUGGACAUCACAGUUUUAAACCGGUACAAUGGAAAGUGAUUCAGUCCGUGCUUGAGCAGAGGAGGGAUAACCUUGUUGUCAUGGCAACUGGUUAUGGAAAGAGUUUGUGCUUCCAGUUCCCGCCUGUGUACUGUGUGAACAUCAGCGUGGUCAUCUCCCCUCUGAUUGCACUAAUGGAGGACCAGGUGCUGCAGCUCAAGAUGUCCAACAUCCCCGCCUGUUUCCUUGGAUCGGCCCAGACCCAGAAUGUAUUACCUGAUUUACAAAAGGGGCAUUUCAGAGUCGUAUACAUGACACCAGAAUUCUGCUCAGGAAAUAUAUCUCUUCUUGAACAGCUGAAUAAAUCAAUUGGUGUUUGUCUGAUUGCAGUGGAUGAAGCCCAUUGUAUUUCUCAGUGGGGGCACGAUUUCCGAAGUGCUUAUCGAGACCUCGGCAAAUUGAAAAGAAGACUUCCAGAUGUUCCCAUUGUGGCACUUACAGCCACGGCAAGCCCCUCUAUUCGAGACGACAUAGUGAAUAGCCUCCACUUGGUUACCCCUCAAGUCACCUGCACCUCUUUUGACCGGCCUAACCUCUAUCUGGAUGUGAACCGCAAAUCUGGUGACAUCAUCCAGGACCUCAAGUCGUUCCUGGUGAAAAAGAAAGGGGGUGAUUAUGAGUUUGAGGGCUCAGCCAUUGUAUACUGCCCAUCUAAGAAGGAAGCAGAGAGAGUGACUUCUGCUCUGUUUAAGCUGGGCAUCCGCUGUGGAGUGUACCACGCAGGCCUCGGACUCAAGCAAAGGAGAGAGACGCAGUAUCAGUUCAUGAGAGAUGAGAUACAGUGUGUGGUGGCUACUGUUGCUUUUGGAAUGGGAAUUAACAAGCCUGAUAUUAGAAAGGUCAUUCACUACGGAGCACCAAAAGAGAUGGAGUCUUACUACCAGGAGAUCGGACGAGCAGGUAGAGACGGACUGCCCAGUGCCUGCCACGUCCUCUGGACACCUAGCGAUAUGAUACUCAACAGGUUUCUACUCAACAAGACAAAAAGUGAUCGAUUCAGGGGCUACAAAAUGGAAAUGAUGGCCAAGAUGGAAAAAUAUUUGAAUUCCACUAAAUGCAGAAGGAAGUUGAUCUUGUCUCAUUUUGAGGAUAAGCAACUCAGAAAAGUCACUUCGGGUAUUAUGGGGACCGGCAAGUGUUGUGACAACUGCAAAUCUGGGCCCACCAAAAGCCAAAGCCAGGACUGUUCAGAGCAAGAUGUUGAGGAUUUCGGUGUGUGUGCAUUCCAGCUGAUGGGGGCAGUGAGUGCAAUGGGAGAGAAAUUUGGCAUUACAGCUCCCAUCCUGCUGCUGCGAGGCUCAACCGCUCAGAGAGUUCCUGAACGCUUUCGUCAGCACACUUUGUUUGGCGCAGGCAGGGGGGUGUCUGAAGCCUGGUGGAGAGCACUUGGUCGUGAGCUCAUCAGUGAGAAGUACCUAAUGGAGGCGUCUGGUUAUAAUAAGUUCACCACGCUCUGUAUACUCACUCCCAAGGGAAGGACAUGGUUAAGUAAAGCUCAGGAUGAGAAGCAGAGAACCCUCCUUCUUCACCCAAACAGAAACCUUUUUUCAAGAGUUUAUGUGCCAAAGAAAAAACAAGAUCCAAAACCUGUUGUGGUUGAUGUUCGAGACCAGGCUUUACCCAGUACAGCUCAGAGAACAAAUUUUAGGCCUCAGGUGGACUCCAGUGCUGUGGGCAAAAAUAACAGAGCAUCACAUUAUAGGUCAGUUCCUGGUUUGCAACCUGCUCCUAAAGCCACACCUCAGCCUCCUGCAGUCUCUGCGAGGGAAAUGGAGUUACAGGCUGAGCUGUACAGCAAGCUGGUAGCUGAGCGGCAAAAACUAGCCAGCAUGAAGGACAUCCCUCCUGCCAUUCUGGCUACCAACAAAAUCCUCCUGGACCUGGCCAAGUUAAGGCCCUUCUCAGUAGCCAAGCUGAAGUUGGUGGACGGCGUGUCAGAGGCUAAAGCAGCCAUGUUGGCCCCUCUACUCCAGACCAUCACAGACUUCUGCCAGACACACGGCCUGCAGGAGGCUGUGACUUCUAGCUCUUCUACUUCCUGUGCUGAACAGACACACAGUGCACAGACAAGAAAAAUCCCAGCGCUGUUUCUGUCUGAUAGCGUGGCCAUAACUUAUAGACUUUUCCAGAUUGAUGGCAAAAGCAUGAGGCAAGUAGCUGAUGCUCGCAGCUUGCCCAUGGCGGUGGUGGAAUCUCAUCUGCUACAAGCUCAGAAGGCCAGCCAGCCACUGGACGCCGAACGAGCUGGCCUGUCCUCAUCUCUAUUCAACACCAUCACACGAAUUCUGUCCUCUCCUCCUCUUAGCUCGGAUCUCAGUGACUUUAAGAACAUCCGUGCUAUGGUGCCAGAAGACGUCAGCACUUUUCUCCUCAGGCUGUGUGUUGCUAAGCUACAGAAUGAAGGCUUUCCAAAGCCACAGCCUGUCAACCUGCCAUCAGAACGGCACCAGAUCACCUGGAUAGAGCCUCAGGGAAAGCUUGUCCAGGCAGAUGGUGCUGGUAAAGCGGUCACUUCAGGUCGAACGCACCAGCUGGAGCCAGAGCCGGACAAUAUGGACAUGAGUGACGAUGAACUCUUUAGUGAACUUCCCAUGCCUGAAGUUGCAGGGUCAACCAGCAGCGUGGCUCAGCAUAAUGUAGAAGAUGCCAGGCCUUCUAAAAGCAGUGGGAUUGAGCUGGCUUCCUGGAACCAGACCAAUCUGGACUCAGACACUCAAGACCUGUUCAGUAAUUCACCAGUUAAGACUGAAAUCGAGGCAGCUAAGAGGAAGAUGCCUGACUGGAUAGAAGCACCAGCAGACUCUCUGAACGCUGCUGCAUCGAAAAGCAACAAAAAAAAGAAAGGACUCUUCAUGUGACUCCUCACGUGUCACUCAGAAAAACCUGUGCAUUUACACUGUGUGUAAA